UUAGCUUCCGUGCCAGGAAGGCAGAUAAAUACAAUGUCUGCAUAAUGACCAGGAGCGUCUGUGUCAGCCUCUGGUCUCCCAGUUUUCGUAGUGAGGGAGGACUGUGCCAGUUGGACAGGGUAGUUGGUUAAUUAGUGCGCAGACUCGCUGGAGGAUCCCUGGACUGUUACACUCGGACUGAGUGGUUGCAGCCAGUGAAAUUGCUCCGGGGCGAUCCGCAGCACAGAGCAGCCCCGGCUCCGCGCAGCUCUCUGACUCCCUCUCACUCAUAGUCCGUCACUAUAUCCAGCAACAGACAGCUCCCCUACAAAUGAGGGGCUCCUUCUCUGAAAGAUGGCAAACGGGUUCACUAAGCCUUUAGCCACACUGUACAGAGAGAGACUACUUGCAAUUGUAUAUUCCGGGGCAUUUUAUUUGCAAACCUUGCUUUGGAUUAUUUGUUUCGUUUGUGGUGAGGAACAAUCCUUCAGCGUGGAGAUAUGGUUACAGAAGUAUGGCUAUCUUCAAGCUAGUGGACCCAGAAUGUCAGUAUUGCGUUCUUCACAGUCCAUGCACUCAGCUGUAGCUGCUAUGCAGCAAUUCUAUGGAAUUAAAGUUACGGGGACUUUGGAUGAAAACACAAUAGAUUGGAUGAAGAAACCCCGAUGUGGUGUGCCUGACCAGUUUGGCAGCAGCAUUAGAUUUAAUAUUAGAAGAAAGCGGUAUGCAUUAACUGGGCAGAAGUGGCAUCAUAAACAUAUCACUUACAGCAUUAAGAACUUCACCCCUAAAGUGGGGAAGAUUGAAACACACAGAGCAAUACGCCGUGCCUUUGAUGUAUGGCAGAAUGUAACUCCCCUGACAUUUGAAGAAAUACCAUAUGAGGAGUUGGGAAACAAGAAGAGGGAUGUAGACAUUACAAUAAUUUUUGCUUCUGGCUUCCAUGGUGAUAGUUCACCAUUUGAUGGAGAAGGUGGCUUCCUUGCACAUGCUUAUUUCCCAGGACCUGGUAUUGGAGGUGACACUCACUUUGACUCUGAUGAACCUUGGACAUUAGGAAAUCCAAAUCAUGAUGGAAAUGAUUUAUUUCUGGUUGCAGUUCAUGAGCUUGGCCAUGCCCUUGGCCUGGAACACUCCAAUGAUCCCAGUGCAAUUAUGGCCCCAUUUUACCAGUAUAUGGAUACAGAACAAUUUCAACUUCCGCAAGAUGACUUGCAGGGCAUCCAGAAGAUAUAUGGCCCACCAGACAAGAUUACACAACCUACAAAACCUUUACCCACAGUACCACCACAUCGCUCCAAUCCACCAUCAGAUCCCCGGAAACCUAACAGACAACCACGACCUCCACGUCCACCUACCAGGGAUAAACCUUCCCAUCCGGGUGCCAAACCCAAUAUCUGCGAUGGAAAUUUCAAUACAUUGGCUAUUUUACGGGGUGAAAUGUUUGUUUUUAAGGACCAAUGGUUUUGGCGAGUUCGGAACAACAAAGUUUUGGAUGGUUACCCCAUGCAAAUUGCCUAUUUCUGGAGAGGUUUGCCAUCUAAUAUUGAUGCAGUUUACGAACGGCCUGAUGGAAAAUUUGUGUUUUUCAAAGGGAGUAAAUAUUGGGUCUUUAAGGAAGCUACACUGGAACUAGGGUAUCCUCAGAAUGUGGUGGAACUAGGAAGUGGAGUACCUUCUCAGGGCAUUGACACAGCAGUGUGGUGGGAAGACGUUGGCAAAACCUACUUCUUCAAAGGAGACAGGUACUGGAGAUAUAAUGAAGAAACACAUGUGGUAGACAGUGGUUAUCCCAAAUCUAUUUCAAUAUGGAAAGGAAUUCCUGAAUCUCCGCAAGGAGCCUUUGUAAGCAAGGAAAGUGGGUAUACAUUUUUUUACAAAGGAAAAGAAUACUGGAAAUUCAAUAACCAUAAACUCAGGGUGGAGCCUAAUUAUCCAAGAUCAAUACUUAAAGAAUGGAUGGGAUGUGAUCGAACUAAGACAGGAGACAACGACAGACAUGAUACACAUGAUGAUGUUGACAUUGUGAUUAAAAUUGAUAAUACUUCUAGCACUGUGAAUGCCAUAGCCAUUGUUAUCCCUUGCACUCUGGCAUUGUGUUUUCUGGUAUUAAUUUACACAGUGGUUCAAUUUAAGAGGAAAGGAACGCCACGCCACAUACUAUACUGCAAGCGGUCCAUGCAAGAAUGGGUGUGAUUGUAGCAAAAGGAAGCAACAUGAAAUUUCAAAAAGUGGGCAGUAACGCUGGAACCCAGCAAUGAGCAGGCAUUGUCUCUGCCUGAGACACAUGAAUCAUGGCUGAUUUUCUCAGAGUCGUCUGUUCUGAGCAUGAGUGGAGAUUAUAAAAAAGAGAGAGGGGAAAGCUUUUAUAAUACACGGUAUCACCUGUAUUUCAGUCCUUUGUCUUUCUUUGGUGCGUCAUUCCGUAUAGGCCUUUUAUCUGCAAGCUUGAUGCCCUAGUGGAUUUUGACUCCAGGUUAAACAAAUGGAAAACCAAGAAAUACUUCUCAAGACUGGUACUGGUGAAUUGAUUUCUUCCUUAUUUUGGAGCAGCCUUUGAGAACACUUCUGGUGACUUAAUCUUUUCUCUGGGCCAGGAAUACCCUUGAAAUUUUGCAUUCAUUUUCCAAAGUGGAUCACUGUCUAUCUAAUGAGGAAAUAUUGCUGCAUUUGAUCCUUUUAUGUACCAGACCAGGAUUAUAAAAUAUAGAAAAUUGGAUUGUUUCAGUAACAGGGGCCAAAAUAUCUGCAAUAUUGUUAAUAGCCUUAAAUAUAUUUUUCAUCUUUGUUUUGUUAAAGCUAUUCUGAGUAAAAUCAAUGUGUCGGAUUUUUCAAUUGCUAUUGUACACAGAUUUCAAUUCAGAAAAUGUAGAAUUACAGUUAACAAGUUCCUAUAGAUUGGUUUUCAAGCUGCCAUGCACAGGAGUUGUUCAAACUUCUAUGAACCCAUCAAGAGGGAAUAUUUUUAGCAUCGAUAAUUAGGAAUUGUAGAAUGAGAAAAAUGCAUUCGUUGGGAAAAAACUAACAGUGAAGUGACUUCUACCUGAAAUUGCUACCAGAAUGACAGAUAUAUAUAUAUAUACAUAUAUAUAUUAUAUAAUGAUAUGGAUGAAUUCAUAAUUGGUUGAAGAGGUGUGCAUUAAUGGACUACAUACAAUCAAAAGUGAGGUUGCUUUCUCAGCUGAUUGUAUCUUAAUGCUCAUCUGAUAUUUUUAACUAGGGAUAUUACAUAAGAAGAUGCUUGUUGAUUGUCACAGAGAUUAGUCUAAUCUGGGCAUGUCUUAAUUGCCAAUGACCCCCUGCAUUUUCAAUAUUUAUUGCUAUUAUAUAAAGACUGGGCCUCCAGACAAUAGCAGUGCAGCACAGCACCAUCAGCAUUCAGUAUUAAGUGCAUUAAGUGUACAAAUAACAAUUUACCAUGUUACAGUGUUUAAAGUUACUCUUGCAUUAACAGACAGGUAGAAACUGUAGAAGCCCACAUUUGAAUAAAUUCUGUUUGAAGUUCUGUAUGUCUUCACAGUCGAGUUUUGGAUCAGUGCAAUAUCUUUGUACAUUAAAAUUUCUACAUUUCACUCUCCACUCCCAUUGUAUGAAGACCAGAAACUCACUUCACUUUGCUCUGCAGCAGAGGUCAUGAGGACAGAAAAUAUUUUUAAAAAUUCAGCAAUGGGUGAUUCAUUAGGCAAAAAGAAAUCAGACAUGGGCUUCUUUCAACUUCUACCUUAGAAUAACAGUUAUUGUGUUUUGAUGUAGCUUUAAUUACACCUAAAGAAAAUUCUUUUCCCCCAAGGCUCAGUGACUGAAUGAAAUUUUGGAUGCUUUUAACGGCUGCUUCCCCUGGGGGCCAAAUUUGUCAAUGGGCCGUGCACUGAUGCAACAAACUAAUAUGUAACUCACAGAAAUCAGAGCUUGUGUUUGUUUGGAAGUAUGAGAUAGAAGUGUUUUUUUAAACAUACUUAAGGGUUUGCCUUUAAUGUUAGUUCAAUACUGUUUCAGACUAUUACAAUCUCUGAACAUUUUAAAUGUCUUAAUUUAGAAAAUGUUACUGUUCUUCAUCUUUAAAUUGUUUUCACUUUCUUCCUGUCUCUAGUUGCUGACCUUUAGCUGCCAACUAUAAAAACAAUUAACAGGAAUGAAAACUAAAUUGACAUAAUUGACUGGACCUAUUAUUUCCUGUUAUUACCUACAGUUAAACAUAAUUGUACUUUUCAGUAUGAUCUACAGAAUUGGAGUAAUCACAAUGCAGUUUAUGGAUGAUCAAAGACAUCUUCAAAGGGUUUGUUUGAACAAAUGUUCUUUCCGUUGUAAUUAGUUUUACACUUUUUUUGCGGUAAUUCCAGCUGGCCAUUUUAUUUGACUUUUGUAAACCGCUAAAACAAGUGACUUGCAGAACAGCUUGAUAGUAAGUGAUUUUAUUAUUGGCAGAUACAGAUGGAUUUUGUGUUGAUAUUCAGGGAAAGUCAACCUAUUUUCCCCAAAACAUGAGUUGUUACCAUUUAUUACUUUACCAGUUCAUUGCAUGGUCCUAGUGAAUAUAAUAUACUGAACUGGGAUAGAAGUGACUUUCUUUAGGCUCUUCCAAAUUAGUGAUUGCUCGGAGGACAAUGGUGGUCAAGGUAGGAGGAGAGUUUUACUCCAUAUAUGAACAUAGCUCAUCAUAGGUAAUGGAUUAUUUAUGUUUACAUUUUCCUGCUAGAACCCUUUGACUGCUAUGGGUGGUCAUAAUUAAACAUACAUCAUGUUCAAAUCAACACAUCUGUUGCCUCACACACAACCAUGGCAAUCAAAGAGUUAAGGGCUGUGCAGUAACUGUUUUGUAUUUAUUGAUUCAUAUUUAUUUUCAGAUUGUUCUUAUUGUCAGCUGUAAGUGUCUUUUCUUGGGAAGGCUUUUUAUACUAUUAUAUAUCUUAUGUAUUCAGCAUCACUGUUUCACCAUGUUGUAUUAAAAAAGGAAAAAACUGUCAAUAAAUAGGAAUCCAGACAAAAUUCUUGGUGGAAUUCUUUUGUCAAUCAAGUUGGGGUCCAAGCACAGAGCCCUGCAGUAUCCCACUAGUCGCCACCUGCCCUUCAUAAGAGGACCAACCUUUAUCUUUCUGCCAACCAGUUCUCUAUCCCUGUC